AUGUUUGAAGUGGGCUUCGAAGGCGAUCUGGAGUCAUAUAAAAGAAGUGGGCAAAAGCGAUCCAGAUCCCAAAAGCCAAUGAUUGGAAUCGGAAUUAUCGUAGCAAGCGCAGUCACUCUCGUUUGUGGACAGGGCCCAAUUACGACAGUUUCUAGAACUACAGUUCAGACCACAGCGAGCACCAUUCCCGGUGCUCCACAGCCAUCGGGGAUACCAACGAUCACUGACCCCUCGAGCCUCGUCAUCCCAUUCAUCGGAACAACCAACGGCGGGCAUGUCUUCCCAGGAGCUACGAUCCCUCACGGAAUGAUUAAGGCUGGUAUGGAUACAGAUUCGCCUGGAAACCAUGCAGGAUAUGACGGUGAUCCGAAGUUCAAUGUCACUGGAUUCUCGCAAUUACAUGACAGUGGUACGGGUGGAUCCAUACCCUUGUCCAACUUUAAGCUCUUCCCAUUCCUGCAAUGUUCCACGUUCGAGAAGUGUCCCACAACCAUUGCAAACAGGAAGGUUCUGCGCAGAGUCUUACCCGAUGGCUCUCCGGACGACUUCGCUUCGCCAGGAUACUUCUCCACGAACCUUACAAACUCUAUUCGAGUGGAGUUGACUGCGACGCGUCGAACGGCCUUACAUCGGUAUACGUUCCCAGCAGGGACAACCAACCCGCGGUUACUCGUCGACAUCACGAAUGAUGGACAGCGCAGCAGCACGGAGCCACAGAUGACUCUGGAUCCCAAUACGGCGCGUGUACAAGGCGGCGCCUCUUUUGCCGCUUCCUUCGGCCCGGGUCGGUAUAAGGCCUUCACUUGUGUCGAUUUCAAAGGCGUAGGGUACGAUCUCGGGAAGCCCACCGAAUACGGCGUCUGGCUGUCCAACUUCCCUGUGCGCGGAACGACGGAUCUUCUACAGGUUUACUAUGGUUUCAUCUCGGAGAUGGGUGCCCUCUUUACAUUCCCACCUGCACCGGGUGGCGGCCCCACCUCUAUCCUUGUGCGCGUUGGCGUCUCUUUCAUCUCUGCUUCUCAAGCGUGCGCGAGCGCACAGGAGGAGAUACCCGACUUCGACUUCGAGAAGGUCCGUGCUAAUAGCCGUGCACAGUGGAACGAUUUGUUGGGCAGAAUCCAAGUCGAUACAAGAGGUGUCGAAGAGGAGACCGUGAAACUGUUUUACUCUUCGCUCUAUAGGACACACAUAUCGCCGGCAGAUUACACUGGCGAAAAUCCAAAAUGGAACUCGACUGAACCUUACUACGAUUCGCUCUAUUGCAACUGGGACACUUAUAGGACACUCUACCCGCUUAUGUCUCUCCAUGACCCAGUCACUCUGGCGAAGAUCGUUCGAGGCAUGAUCGAUAUCCAAAAGCACGAAGGAUGGCUGCCCGAAUGUCGCGGAGCAACUGUGAUGCAUUUUAUCCAAGGCGGUAGCAAUGCCGAUCCCAUUCUCGCCGAGUUCUUCGUCAAGUUUCAAAAACAAGCAGAGACUCUCCAAGUUUCGGCGACGGAUCUGUACGACGCGCUCCUGGCCGACGCAGAACUUCAGCCACCGAACUGGAAUUUGCAGGGAAGACAGGCAGAUCUAUGGAAGGAAUUGGGAUACAUACCGCACGACAUGUUCUUCGCCGGUGGCGCCAAUACGAAGCAAGUAUCAAGGACCCUUGAGCACGCGUUCAAUGAUUUUACGAUCUCUCAAGUUGCGAGAGCACUCGGAAAAACCGAGGAUGCUCGCAAGUAUCUGCAACGCGCCCGGAACUUUAUCAACGUCUGGAAUCCGGACAUUACCGUACCAGGCGGCCCUGGCGUAGUGGGUAUGAUGCAGCCUCGGUUUGCUAAUGGGACCUUCAACUUCACGGACCCACGCCAUUGCAGCAUCCAUGAUCCAGCCAGGGCGACCUGUUUCUUGAACGCUGCCAACAGAGACGGUUUUUACGAAGGCUCUCCAAUUGUCUAUUCACAAUAUGUCCCACAAGAUACCGCCACGUUGAUUGAAUUACAAGGGGGACCGGAGAGCUUCAUUGCUCGUUUGAACUUCAUCUUUGACCAAGACUACUUCGAGUCAACCAACGAACCGUCGCAGCAGAUGCCCUUCAUGUAUCAUUAUGCUAACCGACCUGGUUUGAGCACUCAGAGAUCCAGGCAAGUCAUUGCGCAAUUUUUUAAUACGUCGAAGAACGGAUUGCCUGGGAAUGAUGAUUCAGGCAAGCAACCCCUGCUGAAUACAAUCCAUCGGAAUUAA